AUGGCCCUUAUUGAGUCUGUUGGAGAAACGUUCAUUGUUUGGUUACGAAGUGACGUCAUACCCUACAUUCUUUUUGGAACCUGUGGUGUUGUCAUCAUCGUAAGUUGUGUACUCAAUAUCUUCCUGAUAUUUAUGUUGAAACGCCGGAAGUUAAUCCUCCUUCCCUCGAACCGAUACCUGUUACAACUAAUUCUCGUGGACUUCAUGGCGUGUGGCCUCAUGCUUCUCCCAACCUGCGUGACAGCUCUAGCCAAGAGUUGGGUGAUGUCGGAACCCGUAUGUUACUUCCACGCUAUAAUGUCAACAUGGUUGAUGCUUGUUUCUGUUGGGUUGGUGUGCAUUUGUUUAAUAGAGAGAACUAUAAAACAGAAGAAACCUGACCUUCAUCACAGGAUUUUCGAUUCUAACAUCGGUGUUAGUGUUACCUCCGUGAUAAUUUGGGUGAUAGAUCUUGGUAUUGCUGUACUGCCUGUAACUGGAAUUUCCACAGUAGCUUAUGAUGUCUACCAGGCAUCCUGUGUCGUUUAUUAUUCUUCAAGUGUGAUUUACAUCAUAGUAGUUUUCUCGUUCGCUUUUGUGAUUCCUCUGCUAAUUUUCCUUGUGACCUGUUGUCUCGUUUUCAAUCAUCAUCGGAAGAAAUUGAAACAGAAACAAAAUGAUGUCAUGGAAUUGUUGAAACCCACAACACAGCAGGACAACACUGUGACGUCACCGCCAACGUCUGAGAGAAGCACGAUAUCAACUACUGGCAUCGUGCCAGCAGUUCAGGAGACACCGCGAGAUAACAACGGAAGACGAGACACCCUCGCAGAAAUGACGAUGUCGGAGACAGAGACAAUUAACAAUCGUAGACGUUACUGGAGGAAGUUACGGAAAUCCACAAACCGACGUCAAAGCCGGUUCCAGUCCGUUGUCAGUGCUGUUCAAAGCUACGAUCUUUUUUCUGAUGAUCACAGAGACGAGGACCACCACCUGGCGGUGACCUACAUGAUCGUGUACUGCUUUCUUACGGUCUGCUGGUUGCCUUUCCUCAUUCUGGCUUUGGUUAACGGCUUUAAUGACUCGAUAUGGCGCGGUUGGUACUCACUCACGAUGAUUUUUUCCGUAUUAAGCUUCAUAGCUAAACCUAUCAUCUAUAUGGCACACAACAGACACUUUCAACAGAAUUCUAAGAUGGCAUUGCCGGAAACGAUUACUGUCAAAGUGGCCAGAAUGCGAGAGUCUAUUUCUUCUGCCGUUGACAAAUUAGACAAAGCUGUCUUUGUGUCACCGAGAACAGAAAAUAAUUUUACAACAGCAAUGGCUACAAAUAAGGCGGCGAAAACGUGGAUGAAGAAAAUUAAAAAAUCGGAAGACACGUCGGUCAUACAGGAGGAAUGUAAUGAUGAGGUUACAGGUACAUCCGAAUCUCGGUCUGAAGAAGAAGGAAGUGACGUAAUCAGGGAUUUGCCAGAAAACGACGUCCAUCCAAACAGUGCUGACAUGUCGACAGUACCUAUAUGA